UCAUUUAGUCUUCCACAUACUACUUAUUUAUUACUUUUCCUCCUAACCAUUUUUCUGCUUAUUGUCCUCAACCAAAUUAAUUUUAGAGUUUUUGAUUUUUCACCCAAAAUUUUUCUACCAAGAACCCUAAUAUUGCAAAACCCACUUUUCACCUUUUGCGAAUUUCAAUCGAUUAAUCGAGACUUUGAAGGAUAUUAUGAAUUCAUAUUCAUCUCAUUGAAGGCUUUGAUCGGCCCGGCCUAUCCCAGCCCGUUAAUAUUUGGCAGUAACCGGGCCCAGCAUGUUCUGAUAAGACUUUGACCCGUCCCGGAAUGUCAAGGAGCUCUGGUUGCAAACUAACAAAUCUCAAACUUCUUCCUGGACAGGAGUGAGCGGGUAAUCAAAUAAAAAAUUGUCAGACGAAAAUGGAGUUUGAGACGAUAAAGAAGUACUUGGAAAAACCCGCUAAAGAUGGCGAACCCACUAAAAUCCACGAACUUCCAUUAAGAUUCUUCGAUCCUUUCAUCAUCCAUGGCGUUCAUAUUGAUCACAUCGAAUCUGGUCGUGUUCUCUGCUCCUUUAAUGUCCCUCCACGUCUUCUGAACACUGCUAAUACGUUGCACGGAGGUGCAAUCGCGGCAUUGGUGGAUUUGAUUGGAUCGGCUGUUAUCUUCACUGUUGGAGCUCCGUCUACUGGUGUUUCUGUUGAGAUUAACGUCUCUUAUCUUGAUGCUGCAUUAGCCAAUGAGGAGAUUGACAUUGAAGCUAAGGCUCUACGUGUUGGGAAGUCCAUUGCGGUAGUUAGUGUAGAAUUCAGGAAGAAAGGAAGUGGAAAGAUCAUAGCUCAGGGACGUCACACCAAGUACCUUCCAAUAUCCAGCAAACUCUAGAAUUGCGUUCAAAAGUAGUGUUCUAGGUUCAUUAGUUUCUUAUUACACUGUAACCGAAACAAAUAUCAAUUGUGUACGGUAUUUAUAUUUAAGAUUAUUCAGUAUGAUGCCCAGAAAUGCUUGUCUGUUUAUACUGUGUAAGAUUGACGUGACAAAUAUAUGUAUGUGAAGUUUACAUUCA